AUGCAAUGCAAACAACGCGAGGAGCUGUCAAAGGCGACGCUAUGCCGGGAGAUCAACGACCUGUUGGCUCAUCUAUUCGGUAACGACAACCCGGCCGCCUACGCGGCAAUAUGCGGAGCCCAGGACCACUCAUCCGUCUACUGCUCGCAUUUCGUCGAAGAAUCCGUCUACAAUCUUUACGACGAUUUCAACUACGGUGACAUCUCGGCGGUGUUCCUCUGGCCAAAGCUGUGUAUGACGAUAGUUGGAAAGUGGAACCGUAGCAAUGCGUUUCUACAUGAUUUUUGUAUGAAAUGGACCGGGAGAUGCGAGCGCCGGGCGCACUAUUGUGGUCAGAAAGAUCCGAAACUCCUGACGGCGAUCUCGUUCGGCUUCUUCUUCCGCAUGUGCAAGCCACAUCCGACCGCCAGUGAGCGCGCGUACUGCUUGAAGGAGAUGCUGCCAUCGUAUAUAUCUCUGUUUUUGGAUGGAGGAAUAGACAUGUUUUAUACCGUUGGAAGCGCUGCGCUGAAUUUUGUGGAAGAGUACGUUGACGGAUUGCCGGCCGAGAUCUUCCAGCCCCUCUUUGACAGUUGUCGGAUCGACCAAUUGAUGCAAUUCGAUAACCGAACGUACCCACUCUGCCGGGCCUUGCAUCAAAGCCGGAACCCGCAUCGACCAUCGUGCAAAGACGGGGACGGCUGCACCGGGGUCGCCUUUCCGGAAUGCUACUCGGCAAGCAAACGACGUGACGACGGCUUCGACACCGCCAAAUGCGACUUCAUCAUCCGAACUUUUGUGGAUGUGCUUGGGCCGCAAGUCUACGAGCGGCUUUGCAUCGACGCGAAUAUCACCGACACGGUGCCAAUAUAUUGUCGCAUUCUCCACCAGUAUAUCCAUCUCGACACCACCGAUCGUUACGUGCCCGAGAUUGAGGACCUGAGACAGGCUGAGGCGGCCCGGCAGAAAGUCCCCGAGCCCCGUCAGAUUGACGAAUGCGCCGGAAAAUCCAAGCAUUCUUGCCGAGUUCAUUUCGUGGCCGAAUGCAGUGUGAGUGGGGAGAGAUGCCGGGCGCUCAGCGAGAAGCACUUCCGGCGCUGCAUCGACGCGACACUAGCCAUCUGCGAUAUUCUGUGGGAAAAGGCCCCGCGCGAAUUCGACAGCUUGCUGGCCAAUUUCUACAGCCACGAGUGCAUGGGCCACUCGCAUAUUGUCGCUUCGGACCGAAAGUACUGCAGCAAAAUCAUCGCCGUGUGCUCGCGGCGCAACUCGAAGGCUUGUCGUUCUGUAGGUCGGGCUAGCGCCGUCAAGAGGAGCACCGGACAACGUUUCACCAUCUACAUCAUCGGCUUCGGGCCCCUGGCUCUCCUUCUCCUCGGACUUUUUUGGUGUUGCCCGUACGCGGAAAGCUGGUACCUCCGCCGGCAAUACCGCAAAUACGAGGCCGAGCUGCGGCUGCUGAAUUCGAAAUCCCGAGCGGUCGCCUCCGAAUCCAUGACGAUGUCGAUGGCCACGGUGAUGAGCGCGUCGACGAGCAUUUCGGUGGUCAAGUCGAGGCCAAGGGAG